AAAGAAAUUGAGAAAUUGAAGUAGACAUUUAAAGCAAGUGGCGGUAAAAUAAAUCGGAGUGUAGUGAGUUUUGCGUUAAGCAGUUCUAUUGAUUUCUUUGUAAAUGACCGCGUGUACAACGCGCUAAAACUUGUGCACUGCUCUCGAGGUUACAUCGUUCAUUUAAAACAAUUAUUUAUUGUAAUCAGAAGAUAUGACAGCAAGUUAUAUUUCGUCCGCCUGUAAUCGAGUCCCACACUCAGCUGAUUGGGGAAGGAACGGACUAAUCUGUUUCGCGGCGUGUCAUGCAAUCGCGAUUUACGAUGCGUGUAUUUCAAAAAUCGGUAAAGUAACACAUACGCUUCAUAGACACAAAAAUCGUGUCAAUACUGUACGAUGGAUCAAAAGAAAAAACUUAAAACCAGAGUCGGAAAUACUUUCGAGCUCGGUUGACGGAAAUGCUGUUGUUUGGAGCAUGAAAGAACAAUGCUUCGAAUGCAGCUCUGUUAUAGAAAUCGGUGACGUUCUUACGUUUAGUAAUGCGCUUUACGUAUCUGAUGAAAGUAACGAAACGUUUCGUGAAUUACUCAUAUGCACUGGCUCUGUGAAAGGAGAUUUGAAAAUUUGGCUGAGAGAUGCAAGCAGUAACGUGAUUUGUUUACAGUCACUUACAUUUGGAACGAAACUUCCAAUUGAAGCCUGCUUCACUUUUUUGCCAAGUACGAACCUGCCACUUUUGGCUGUCGCAAUAGAAAAUUCAACAAUUGAAUUAUAUGUAACAAAUUCCAAUCUCAUAACGAAAUCAAAGUUUGUAAAAUCUCAAGUUUUAAUCGGUCACGAAGAUUGGAUAAGAUGUAUGGAUUUUAGUUGUAAUACAGAUGAUAGUAUCCUGCUUGCAAGUGGCUCGCAAGAUGCAAUGAUAAGAUUAUGGAAAAUUUCUACAAAUACUGUGGAACACAUAAAUAAGGAUGACUUACAUCAGAAAGAACAAGUAUUUAUAGCUAAUGAAACAAAGUAUAACAUUACUUUGGAAUCAGUUCUUUAUGGUCAUGAAGGCUGGGUUUAUGGUGUACAUUGGAAUCCAACACAGUCGAACAAUAAACAACAGAAGUUAAGAUUAUUAUCAUGCUCGUUAGAUAAAUCUAUGAUUAUAUGGGAACCAGAUGAAGUUACUGGGAUUUGGUCUGAAAAAGUAAGAGUAGGUGAAGUUGGUGGAAACUUAAUGGGCUUUUAUGGUUGUAAAUUUAGUGGUAAUGGUUUGAAUAUAUUGGCACAUGGUUAUCAAGGGUCAUUUCAUAUUUGGGAAUAUUCCCAUACUGUAAAAAAUUGGAUGCCAAAAAGUGUACCAAGCGGUCACUUUGCUGAAGUAGUUGAUCUUUGCUGGGAACCAAACGGAAGAUUUCUCAUUACUGCAAGUGCAGAUCAAACAACGAGAAUUCAUGCACCGUGGAGGAAUGGAACAGCUGAAUUCUGGCACGAAAUCGGGCGUCCACAAGUUCAUGGAUAUGACAUGUCUUGUUUAAUUAUGUUGACUCCUUGCAUGUUUGCCUCGGGAGCGGAAGAAAAAGUUGUUCGCAUAUUCACGGCUCCGGGAACAUUUAAGAAUAGUUUAAUGAAAAUUGCCAAUGUCGAUGACUUUAAAAAUAUGAUAGCUAACAGCGCAUCGGUACCCGCACUUGGAUUAACGAAUAAAGCGACGUUCAACGAUAAUGUUAAGACAAAAGAUAAGGAGACUGAUCAUUUUAAAAAUGAAGAUUACGUUCCGCCUACAGAAGAGGAGUUAAUGCAAAAUACACUAUGGCCAGAAUUGCAGAAACUUUACGGUCACGGAUACGAAAUAUUUUCUAUAGCUGCCAGACACGAUGCAUCGUUACUAGCAACCGCGUGUAAAUCCACGUCAACAGAACAUUCUGCGAUAUUAUUAUGGGAUACGAAUACAUGGACUCAAGUCCAGAAACUUAUGUCUCAUCAAUUGACCGUGACACAAAUGGAGUUUUCGCCCAAUGAUAAAUAUCUGCUGUCCGUUUCCAGGGACAGGAGAUGGUCAUUGUUUGAAUGUGAAGAUUACACGUAUACUUUGAUUGCAGCUAGUUCGAAAAAAGACAGUCUUCACACUCGGAUAAUAUGGUGCUGUACGUGGACGCACGAUUCGACUUUCUUUGCGACUGGUUCCAGAGAUGGAAAGAUUGGAAUAUGGAGUCCAAAUUUCACAGAUAAUAAAAUUAUUCCUACUACAAGUUUGGAUGUGAACAAUUCUGUUACAGCACUCGCAUUUUCGCUCCGAAAUGUUUCUGAACACACCUAUGUUUUAGCAAUUGGAUUUGAAACAGGAUGUAUAGAAAUACAAAAGUUGACAAUAUUCUCUACUAAUUUUGAAUGGCAAAAGUAUGUAACAUAUGAUUCUUCUCAAGCUCAUCAUUUAACUGUUAAAAGACUUAAAUUUCGACCACAAGAAACAAAUUCUGAUAUUUUACAAUUAGCAAGCUGUGGAUCUGAUCAUACUGUUAAGAUAUAUGAUAUAGACAUCUUAGGAUUAACAAAUUUGUAAAGUAUUUUUAUAAUAAAAUUUCUAAAUAAAUGUAA